AUAUAUUUCCUGGAACUUUUCAAACUUGAAAGGUGUGUCAAUUACUGGUUCUUUACGCGUAACAGAGACUGGUAUUACUAGGUUAGUUCACGUAACAUGUAUCAUAGCUAGGUCCAUACUUACGAUUACGAAUUUGACUUUUACAACCAACAGUUGAAAAAUCUAAACACUUUGAUCUUUGUUUACCAAACCAUUAUAUAUAUAUAUAAUGUUUACGAAACCAUUACCACAACUCAUAUAUAUCCUUCAAAGACCAUCCAUCCAUCACUUGCUUUGUAGUAUUAUUCGCUACCUCUUACACCAUAUUAAUUUGAUCCCCUCCCCUUCAACAAGUACAGAAGUGCUCCUUUUUUAUCAAUAUAUAUACAGGCAUGGCCUCAAUGAACACAAAUGCUUAUGAUGAAAAGUAUUCCGGCUCCCCAAUCGUGACCGGAGUUCCAGUGGGAAGCCCAAAUUACACUAACAACGGCCAGAUUCCAGGUCAUCAUCAUCAGCCUGGACUUCAUGGGGCUUGGUCUUCUGGUUUAUGUGAUUGCUCUUCCGAUAUUCCAAAUUGUUGCUUAACAUGUUGCUGCCCCUGCAUCACCUUUGGUCGAAUUGCUGAGAUUGUAGAUCAAGGAUCAACAUCUUGUCUUACAAGUGGAGGUAUAUAUGGCCUAAUUACUUGGUUCACUGGUUGUUGUGCUACAUAUAUAUAUAUAAUACACUACACACACUUAGAUUGAAUUGUAGGGAAGUAAGUAAUUGAUGUAUCAAUAUUAUAUUCUUUCUUAAAACAAAAACAAUAGAGGUGGUCUUGAUUAGUUAAUCCUCUAUAGUGUAUUUGUUGUGUAGUUAAUGUGUGAUUUAUUAAUUAUAAUAUCAAAUGAUCAUUUGUAACUUAUUGA